UCCACCUGCAACACGCCUCUCCUCCACUCUUCCCCGUCCGGCAAGCGCACGGGAGCCACUUCCACCCGCACACGCACCCGCUUGCGCACCUGCACCUGCACCUGCGCCGUUUGCUGUGCACCACUUGACGACUUACCUUAGUCAUUCGCGCGCACUUUGACCUCUGUUCGUCGUGCGCCCGUCUCCCCGUCCCGACCUCACCUCCUCUCGCCUCAUCAACGUCCACCAUCCCAUUCAUUCAUCAACGUCCCACCCCGCACGCCUUGAGCGUCCUGUGCGGGAGACCAAGUCACUGUCGCCCCCCUCGGCCCAGUCGGGGCGGUGAUACACGUCCGUCUCUGACACCUGGGCAUUCCGCAUCUCGCCGACCCGACUUGGCCAUCACUUUCGCAGCUCUCGUCAUCUCGUGGGACCAUAAUCCCCCCUCUUUAUCAGCCAACCUGCACGCUCAGGCCAUCCCACUCAGGGGCCAUCUCACCAAGGCAGCAUUGAGCAACCACCACUCCAUCACCACUUCUUCUCCCACUCACUCACGGCCUCUGCCAACUCACACCAGAACCCACGUCUUACGUCAUCCGCCACAACGGCUCUCGGCCGCUGUUCUUUAAUGUACAUAGGGGCGAGUCUGUACGCAUCUGCAUCAAGCAUCUAACCUGAGUUUGUGCAAACGCCCGAUCUCAUCAUGGCCGGAACAAUCGUACCGUGGGAUGGCCGAGACCAGGAGGAGCAAAGCGAGAUUCUCUACAACGCCCCAUUGCGCACCAAGAACCGACAGCUGGAGGAUGAGAACAUGCAUCUGAAGCGACUUCUGAGAGAACAUGGAAUCCCGUGGUCCGAUUCCGUUGCCUCUCACCACGCCUUCCGGUCUAGCGACUCACACCCCACCUCGAGGCGCCGGCGUAGCUCCCGCCUCUCUGCUGUCGGCCAGCACCGCUUCCCCCACCUCCCUGUAGAGGUCAUCCUCAGGAUCCUUCACUAUGCGCUGGUGGCAGACGGCCCUAUUAUUGACCCGCUGUCCAAGCUGAACACGGAGACCCUGACCUCCGCCGAGGCCAAGUCUGGACCUCAGAUCGCCAUCGGUUUCCUGGCUACCUGCAAGGCAUACCACGUGGAUGGCAAACGAAUUCUGUGGACCAAGAACAAGUUCUCCUUCACUAGUCCAGCAGCUCUUCGCAAGUUCAGCGAACUUGACUUUGACCUGCGCAAGGGCAUCGAGUCGAUCAAUUUGAGAAUCGUGGCUCGUUACUACGACGAUGAGAAGCGCCGCCACAGGCUGAGCUCAGACUACCACCCAGAGCUGACCAAACCACAGGCGCUCAAAGUCAUCCCACGGUCCAGGGAUGAAAGCAGCAUGGCACGGAAAGGCUUCCACUCCUAUGCCUGGACUCAGACCGUCGACUUUCUUGAUGCCUUACGCCCUCCGUUCGAUCCACGUCACACCCAAGGCAAUCGACCGCGGCUUUUACCCGGCCUCUUGUCCAUGCGGAUGGAUUUUGUCAACUUCCCGGAUUACUUCCUACCGUUCCCAGAAGUGGACCUCCACGAAAUCGCUGCCCAUGACUUCGGCUGUACCUUGAACGAGUUGAUGGUCACGGGGCUGCCUUGCUGCGAAGUCGGCGUCAAGGCCGGUGCUGAUCUGCAGGGCAUGGUGAAAGAUGACGGCCUUUUUUUGUGCCACGCCCCUUCGUACGUGCAACAGAAGAAAUACUUGAAGCCACUCGGUGGUUACGAGGGACUCGCGAGAGUCGUCCGGGCCUGGCGAAAGCUGGCCAGGGAGCGCCAGGAAGCUGCGGGCCAAGUCUCUCUCAUCAAUGUCCCUUCUGUUCCCGAGGAGCAAGGACAUCCCAAUUCGGUUUGGAAGAAGAGAAAGACCAUCUGGAAGCGAGUUCCCAUCGCGCGGGACUCGGAGGAGAGGGAUUGGGUUGAGUUUGACCGGAAUACCGGAGAACCUGUUGAGGACAUUCUGGACGACUACGACAGCGACGACGACAGCGAUGCUAUAUGUCCAAACUGUGGUGUAGUUCACGGUCACUACGACUAUUGGGGAAGCGACUCCGAAUGAAGAGCGCAGCGCUUGACUGGUGGUUCGACUCUGGCAUGGAUAUCGGGCUUCUGGUCUGGCUCCGUACAAGACAAUGUGUUGAAAAUUCGCUAUGGCUGAGCAGGGUAAGUCGAUAUUGGUCGAUGCCAUAGGUGGCAUGGAGUUGUUUUGGGAGUUUUUGUUUGCCAUACAAUGAUACCAAAGCGACCGUGGAAGCUGCCUGCCUGUCCAUAUAUUGAUAGCUUGUUUGGGGGUCUUGCACCUUAAUUACACCUCAAGGCACUUGAUUACUACAGUGGCUGUCCCCGGAGGUACUUGGACCUCUUGUCUAGUUGUUGGUAACCCACCGGCCCAGACGGCCGAUGCCCUCUCAGCACUGUGACAUCCUCUCUUUCUGUCCCUACAGAAGAGCCCUUCUGGGGUUCCGCGCGGAUGCAUUGUGACGGUCGGGGAAAGGACAAAUGGGGAAGAGAAGAAGCACUACACAAUAGGCGACAGUUGUCAGAAUCAGGCAGUAGGGAAGAAAUAGGAAGGAUGGGGGGAAAGGACCAGAGGCCACGAC